AAAAAGUUGUCCGGAACAGAAAAUCAUGUAACAGAUUACAAGGGUGACACAUUCUUCUCUACCACAAGAGUCGGUGACAAGACGGUACAUUUUUUCCCAAACUGACUGUAGAAGUUGUCCGUGCCGGGGUCGAACUGCCUCCGCCUACCAACCAUUGGGAUUGCUGUUGCCCGGCGAGCUACCAAAAUAUACACGAGAUUUCCAAACGCAAAGUUUCGUCUCUUGACAUCCGCUCAACCGUGGCCACAACUACUGUACCACUCCAAGAGAGUUAGCACGAAGAAUGGUGAGGGUCCAAAGAGUGGCGUUUUGUACAGGCCGUCCGCCAAUGGCUGCGCUCCAGCUCCUGUGACUAAUGCCCUGUGUCCUUUAUAUUCACGUAUCGCUUGAUCGGGAUCGAAGAAAACACGGCAGACGUAAAGGACUAAAGACUGUCGCGCGUUUUUGGGUUGUAGAGAAGUUACUCGGCCAAACAAAAGAGUGUGUUUGCUACUAUGACUUACGGGACCUAGUCACGCAGUGACUUGUUAUUUGGAUCGACGGUUGGGAGGGAUUUUUACCGAGAACUGUUCGCAGUUUGCGUGGCUGGAGAACGUCUGAGUGAACCUGGAUGGUAGAGCUAGGGAGUACCUUGAUGCAAGCUACCGGUCACCAAGUAGGGGGUAGCCUGCAAGCGAGGCGAGCGCGGGUUCGUGCAGUAUCUGACUUCGCCCUUGGAAACAUACUACGAUCUCAUGAAUACAGAAUUUUGGGGAAGAAAGGCGAGGGCACGUUCUCCGAGGUGCUGAAAUGUCAGAGCAUCAAGGAUGGCCAGUACUACGCCUGCAAGAAGAUGAAACAACACUACGACAGUGUGGAACAGAUCAACAACCUGAGGGAGAUUCAAGCCAUGCGGAGGCUUCAUCCUCAUGCAAAUGUCAUAGAGUUGAUAGAAGUCAUAUUUGACAAGAAAACAGGGACAUUAGCUUUGGUAUGUGAGCUCAUGGACAUGAACAUCUAUGAACUCAUCAGAGGUCAAGAACUACAUGUACCAAUUGUGCAAAUCACUAGACCAUAUGCAUAGAAAUGGCAUUUCUCAUAGAGAUGUGAAGCCAGAAAAUAUUCUAGUUAGGCUGAGUCGCAGAAGGGAUGGGGUUCCUCAGGAUGAUCUAUUAAAAUUAGCAGACUUUGGAUCCUGUAGAAGUGUGUACUCCAAACAGCCAUACACAGAAUACAUCUCAACUAGAUGGUACCGAGCUCCUGAAUGCCUGUUGACAGACGGGUACUACAGCUAUAAGAUGGACCUGUGGAGCGCAGGCUGUGUCUUCUUUGAGAUUAUGAGCUUGCAUCCCCUGUUUCCGGGCUCUAAUGAGGUGGACCAGAUAGCAAAAAUCCAUGAUAUCAUGGGAACACCUGAUCAGUCCGUGCUCAACAAGCUUAGGAACAAAACAAGAGGGAUGAACUUCAAUUUCCCCCCAAAGAAAGGCUCAGGGAUAAACAAGCUGCUUCCACAUGCCUCGCCCGAGUCUAUAGACUUGAUAUACCAGAUGUGCACAUACGAUCCCGACGAGAGAAUAACAGCCAAGCAGGCUCUCAGGCAUCCAUACUUCAAGGAUAUGAGGGAAGCUGAGAAGAGACAAGCAGCCCUGCAGAAGGUGGAAAACCGUGCUAAGAAUGCUGACAAGGCAGGCGGCGACAGACCGGGGUCCGGUAGAACAGAAAUCUCUAGAAUUUCGGACACGACAACCAGAACGGAGCAGCUUGCUCAGCAGCGAAGACGGAGGAGAAACAGGAGACUAGAAGCCCAGCAGGCCAACCACCAGACUGGCUUCAUGUUGCCCAAAGUCCCCCAGAGUAACGCCCUGUCCAUCCACAGCACAACCUUCCCUAACAGUUCCUUCCCCACCCACUCCAUCGUGCCCAAACUGCCUGUCCCUGGUGCCACCUCCACAUCAACGUCAACAAUGCUCCCUGCCAUCAUGAGCUCCCAUCCACAGCAGAAGGCCAGGAAACCUAAGAAUCACCAGCUGCCUACCAAGAAUGUGUUUGGCCACUAUCAGCUGCCCUCCAUUGACCGGCGGGGCGCAGGCUUCUAAGUUCAUCACUAACAGUCCUAGGGUGGGAGGAGCAAGCAGUUGUACAGGCAUGGUACCAAGAUCAUGACUGGACCACCGGGAACUUUCCCUGUAACAAUCCUGAUGUUAAGAGUUAAUGUUGUCCUAGGAUGUUCAAGGAUGCCCCUGUUGUCACUUGAACUUAAGUAUACUAGGAUCAUGUUGCUAUUGUUUUAUAACAAGUUGUUGUGUUUUAUUACUGAAAUGUUUUAAGAGGCUUUUACUUGAUAUUUUUUAACCAAGUUUUAACAUAGAAGUCCAGAAUGUUAUCCGUUUGGCCAUUUUAACCACUGGUUAGUUCUACCUCUGAUUAUGUAAAGACUUUUAAUGUGUAAUGUCAUUUAACUUCAAUUCUCAUAAUUCCACCGGAUGCCGUGACACCAUCACAUGAGAAAACAUGAAUUUAAGCUGAUUUAAAGAGAUGUACCAAUAUAGCACCAGUAAUCCUGAAGUAGACACGUCAGAUAUGCAGGUGUUCAAUCUUGAAAAGGCCUCUAAACAUUUAUUUUCUUAUAUGUGGCAGUAUUAAGGAACCUGGUGGAAUUAUGAGAGUUGAUAUUAUCUAAUCUGAGACUGUCUUAGUUUCUGAUUUUGAACUCAAAAUUUUGUGGUUUCUGCUUACUUCCAUCUUCACUUCUGAAUUGGGGGAAAGAUUUCUACUUAACUUCUAUGGUUUCUUGUUGGUCCAGAAUAUACCUUCUUGCAAUGGUACCAAGCCUGCUUUUGGCAUCCAAGUGUGAGAAUGGUGAUGAGUUAUAUGUCAUCGAGUGUAAAAAGUAACAUAUCAAAUAGCAGUUCAUGUUUAUGCUGCUUGAUGUUGGUCAGGUAAAUUGUACAGGAUUUUGAACAAGAAGAAAUUUUGACUGCUGCAUUUUUUAAUGUACAGAGAUUGGAACACUUGAAGUCAGUAAAUGGUCUGCAGGGGUGACCAUAGUAAAUGAAGCAAGGAUGUAUUGUAUAUAUAGAUAGCCUGUAAAAUGUUAAAAUCUUACAGAUAAUGUACCUACUGUCAGAGUAUCCAUAUUUUAGAUAUAAAAUAUCAUCUUUAAACAAAGUGCCAUUGUGAGGAAUUUGCUGUGAGGUAUUUUGAAUUUUGUACAUGGGCUAUUCAUUGAUAAAAUACUCAAGAGCAUAAAAUGUAAAUAUGCUGUGUUUUUUGGAGAUGUAUAUUUUGCAUGUAUUUUCAUGGCUA